AUGGAUGUUUUCCGAGCAUACACCUACUCGACGGCGGGGUGGCUUUCGUUGCAGAGUCUAACCCUGAUCGCAGGCCCCAGUAUGGUCGUGGCCAUGCUACUGGAUGAGACUCGACCUGCAUCCUCUAUCGAGAUCUACUUCGCCCGUUGCUUGGGCUUCAGUCUCCUCACUAUUGCCAUCUUGACCGUGAUGCUGACCGGCUCCAUUCCCCUGACAUCCUCAAUCUCAGAGCCCGUCACGACCGAGGAGUCGGAUCCGAAAGCGCCCUAUGCCCUCCCCACUCUCAUGAUAACUUCUUUUUUCCAUUCCAUCUCUGCCUUCUACGCGUACACCCGAUAUGUUACCACGGGACAAGGGUUCUUCGCUGUCGCAGUGGCUGGAGGAUCUGUCCUUGCAUCCAUCGGCCUGUGGUGUGUGCUCUUCGCUAGCAGUGAUGGCAAGAUCAGUCGCAAGACUGGUGCUGACAAGAGGACUACCGGGUUUCCUUUUGCUAACUCGGAGGCUGCUAAGAAGCAUGCUGGAAAGAAGUCACUUUGA